CAGACCUGCUGUAGUAGCGUACACUAAAGAGACGGAUUUGCCGCUGAAAUUCGGAUCGGACUUUCACUGGGCUCCUGAGUGCAAAAACAAAUGAACAUUGUUUGGCUUUGACGUUCAUCUGUGAAAGAAAAGACAUGCUGUGUCUGAGAGACUCAGGGGACUGCCUUAGGGAGCAGAUGCGCUUUAUGAUGAGAUCUCUGCAGGACCUGAAGCAGCUCAGACGCACCUGUGCGCCUCCUGUGGCUCCUCUGGCCUCCCGUCCCAGAACCUGUCGGCAGAUGAUCGCUCAGCGGGAGCGCCGGGCAAGGCUCAGGAUGAGCGAUGCCAGCGAGGCCAGCAGCAAUGAUUCAGCCUGCUGUCUCUCCAGUCCCCUGGAAGAAGACGGCAGCAGUCAGCUGGACUUCAGCUCCCCUACCAGCGAACGGAGCCUGGAGUUCGACUCCGGCUACUCCGAGGCGUCCUGGCAGGACGAAGGCGUGGUUCUGAGACGCAGCAGGAACGUCCGCGUGUCGUCCGCUGCCUGUCUCCGCACCAAUCAGACGCCCAGAGCCCGCGUCCGACCGAAAUCUACCUCAGAUAUCUGCUUGGAACGUUGGACAUCCUUUGAGGCCACGGAUCCAGAUGACUGGACCACGUCUCUGCUAACGCGUAGUCGCAACCGGCAGCCGCUGGUGCUUGGAGACAACAGCUUUGCGGACCUCAUUCAGAACUGGAUGGACUUGCCGGAAUGCCCAGAGCCUACGGAACUCAAGCCGAGCUCGGGUCGUCGCCUAGCUAAAGACUUCUUAAUCAACAUGCGACGGAAACUGGCCAAUAUGUCAAAGAGCGCAGACGGUCGGAGGAAAUCGGCAGACGCCUCCAGGCUCAGCAGAGUGGCCAUGGCCCCCAAACGUCUCUCCUGCCCUGUGGAGGAGCCACGCAAAACUCCUUUCUUCUACCAGUCCCACACAGGGCUUCACGAACUGCACACAGACUUCUACCACUUCACCGCCCUUACAAAGAGCGGCAGCCGGCAGCCUAUUAUCUGCAAAGACAUAAUUGGGUACAUCUGACGGCUGGAUAUUGGUACCGCUUAACGGACACUUACUGACAGAGACUUAUUUUUUUAUUUAACGCUUUUUUGU